UACAGCUCACUCCUGAACAGCAGGUGGCAGUAUGCACGUGAGAAGCGGCUCGAGUUCCGCCAAUCACCAAAGAGGAAGAAGCAGAAGAAGAGGCGCGCUCACGGUCUGAAUUUGAAUCACGGGACAUAACAGUACGCUACCAGUGUCACCACUAUGGCUCAAGGUCAUAAAUUUCAGGACUUGGAGGAGACGGGGGAGGUGCUGGUGGCCUUCAUCAACAGCAGCCAACCUGAGAAAAUGAGACGAGUGAAAGAAGAACAUCAGGCUCUUUUUGACCAACACGUAGAAACAAAAAAGAUUGUGACACAGAUUUUAAAAGAUGUGGCUCAGGUUGAAGAGAGUGCAGGCCAGAGGCUGCUGGACAUGGAGGAGGAGAAGAAUCGAAGGGAGAAGGAGCUGGAGAGCAUGGGGGACCAGCUGAGGCAGUGCACAGCCAAGAGCCAGAUGACAGACUCAGAAUUACAAUUUCUGCGGAGAGAGUUGGAGAGUUUGAGUAACGCCGAACACGAGCUUGAGAGUCUUCAGACUGAGGUGGAUGAAGACACGACCGAGGUCAUCCCUUCAGCAGUAUAUGUGGCUCAGGUGUACUACAUAAUAACCAAGAUCAAGUGGGAAUAUGACACACAACCCAGCACCUUAAAAGGAGUGCACUACGGUGCAGACCUGGCGACUCCCAUCAACAUCGACACCUCUACGCAAUCUCAGAGUGACGUAAGCGACCAGCUGUGGGGCUUUGUCAGCACUGAGUGGUAGUUGAAGGAUGAUGACGUCAGAAAUUAUGUGUGUGCGUUAUUUUUGUUUGUCUGUACAUUUGUUUGUUUUCUUCUGUUCUAUCCAACAUUUAUACCGUUUUAUGAAAAUUAAAUAUCUCAGACCUUUU